UGAUCAUGUGUAGUCCACGCGCCGAAACUAGGUUAGAGCGCAGAGCCGCAGAGCAGGACGGAGCUGCAAGACGAGGACCCGACGCGUUAUUCUUCCACCGAAAACAACCAAAUACCACGACCCAGAGGAACCAGCAAAUAAGACAGACACGCCGCCGCUUUUGUUCCUUUUCCUGGGGUCAGCGCGGAUGAGGAAAGCCAGCUAGAGAGAAUCCAUAUGAGGAGUCGUUGUGACAGUUUUCCGCUGCUCCGGUUUGGAGCGAAUAAGUGCGCAUUGCUCUCAGUGUUUCCUGGCUUCGUUUCCGCCUGGAGUUGUACGACCCGAAGUGUUGGCUAGACUUCACCGCCGACAUGAGAGCUCAAAUAGAAGUGAUACCCUGUAAAAUCUGUGGGGAUAAAUCAUCAGGGAUUCACUAUGGUGUCAUCACCUGUGAAGGCUGCAAGGGUUUCUUUCGUCGCAGCCAGCAGAACAAUGCCAUGUACUCAUGCUCACGACAGAGGAACUGCCUAAUUGACCGGACCAACCGUAAUCGCUGUCAGCACUGCAGGCUGCAGAAGUGUCUCGCUCUCGGCAUGAGCCGCGAUGCUGUCAAGUUUGGUCGAAUGUCCAAAAAGCAGCGCGACAGCCUGUACGCAGAAGUCCAGAAGCACCAGCAGUCCCAGGAGUGCGCAGGGGUCGGCGCCCGCGAGGACAACGGCAACAUGGUCGACCACAGUCGCCCCUACAGACGAGGUUCCAGCACCACGCUCAGCGAUCUGGACGACAUUACCACGCUGCCGGAGGGCCUGCUGUUCGACCUGCCGCUGACCCCGGAGGACGGAGGUGGAGAGUACUGUAACCUGGACAUGCUGGGCGGCAGCGGAGGCAGCAGCUCAUCCUCUCAGAGUUCACCAGAACAGACCAACUUGGACUUUGUUGACGGCAACCACAGCAGCAUCAAGCACGAGUACCAGCUGUUGCACGAUUCUGGACUCUUCUCACACGCUAUCCUCAACCCGCUGCCUGAGGGCUGCUCUGUGCUCGAGAUCGAGCGUAUAACCCAGAGUGUGGUGAAGUCCCAUAUUGAGACAAGCCAGUACAGCACAGAGGAGCUGAAGAGAAUGGCAUGGACCUUGUAUAGCCCAGAAGAGACACGAUCAUACCAGACCAAGUCAGCUGAAGUGAUGUGGCAGCAGUGUGCCAUUCACAUCACCAAUGCAAUCCAGUACGUGGUGGAGUUUGCCAAGCGCAUCACUGGCUUCAUGGACCUCUGUCAGAAUGAUCAGAUUAUCCUCCUCAAAGCAGGCUGCAUGGAUGUUCUUCUGAUCCGUAUGUGUCGGGCCUACAACCCCAUAAAUAACACAUUGCUCUUUGAUGGAAAAUUUGCCUCCUCUCAGCUUUUCAAGUCUCUCGGCUGUGAUGACCUGGUGAAUUCAGUGUUUGACUUAGCUAAAAGCCUGAGCCGCACACAGAUGUCCGAGGAGGAGAUGGCUCUCUUCAGUGCUGCUGUGCUACUCUCACCAGACCGACCCUGGCUGACAGAUGUCCAGAAGAUCCAGAAGUUGCAGGAGAAAGUUUAUCUGGCUCUGCAGCGCUGCCUACAAAAGGAGGGAGCAUCAGAAGAGAAACUAGCGAAGAUGGUGUCUAAGCUUCCCAGUAUGAGGUCCAUUUGCAACCUUCACAUUGACAAACUGGAGUUUUUCUGUCUGGUUCACCCUGAGACAGCAUACACUUUCCCCCCGCUGUACAGGGAGGUCUUUGGCAGUGAAAUCACCUUCCCAGACUCCACAGAGGGGUAACACCAUUUCGCUAAAUAGCAUGAUUCAAAUAGUGACAUUAAGGUGUAGGGAGAGGAAGAUUAAAAUGUGGCAACCAGCUGAAGCGAAACCAACCAGCAGCUCAAUGACAAUCCUGCACGCCACACUUUAGCACACACUCCUCUCACCUCCGAGCUCCCAACCCUGUGGAGUAGCUUUCACUGCCCUGCAAGCCAGUCUUUUCAACUCAACACUAACAGAAGCUGCUGCUGCUGCUGCUGCUGCUGGGUAAUUAGUGCAUGUUACCUCCUUUUUUAAGGAGUUUAAAGAAAUUCUUAAAAGCGUAGCCUACAUCGUUUGUAUUCUCAAAAAUAUUUUUCUAUCAGAAGACCUUAAAACUUUCAUCGAGUUGAAUUCCUUUCUAAUGUAAAUCUGACUUUCACAGUUCCUGUAAGCUAUUGUUGAAUGUACCCCUCUUCCCUUAAACCAUUCAGCACAGCCCUAGGCUCGAUAUAGAAUGUACAUACUUAAAGUCCUCACCCACUUAGUGGAGAUUUUGCAGUAAGUGAUGCCUGUUUCAGUUGUCAGUCUAGUGACAGUUUAUUGUUUCAAUCAGUAUGUUUGGUAGCACCCAUAAUUUUUGCAGUUUUGUAACAUAUGAACAAACUGUUUAAAGGGACCAUGAUCAAACUCGCAAGCAGACAAGGUUUUUGUUUUUUUUUUUUAAACUGUGUGAAUCAUGGGCAAACAUUCAGCGUGUGUGUCGCCAUGCACCUACAAACUCUUGCACACAGAGCACAAAACAUAGCACUUAAGCCGAAAUGGUUGUAGGUAUUUUUAUUAGCACACCCUCAGACACUGAUGUAAGUGAGCUCUUUAAUUUUUUUUUUAAUGCAAUCAAUGACCUCAGUCCUAAUACCUUUUUCCCUUUGCAAAUGCCACUUAGAGAAUGAGAGUGAGAGAGUCACAGAGGUAUUGUGAAAGUAUUUUCAGAUGUUCCUUUUUAUAUAUAUAAAUAUAUAUGUAAAACAUCUAUAAUUGUGUACCCUAAGAGCUGUUAUGAAUUCAUACAAAGUGAGGAGGAGUAGGAAGGUAAUGUGCUUGAGCUCAGGUCUCUCAAAUAGAUACUGCCUGCCCACACUUUGGAGUUCUGGGGUAGAAAGAUUGUUGCUGAAAAGUAACAAAAAAAAGAAGAUCGGGAUAAUUAGCACUUAUGAGUCCUUGUUAGAAUCUAAAAAUGGUGUUCUGGCACAAGAUUUUACGGGUUCACAGUCAAACUGUGCCAUCUGUGAAACUUAUGUUCAACCAGAAAUGCCAGAAACAUCCUCCCACUGUAGCUAAAGCUGUGUGACGGAGGUGCUGGGACCACCGCCGAGGGGUUUAAUCUGCCCCUUCUGAGAGAAUGCUGUCGCCCAAAAACCUCCAGCACCUCCAGCAGGUUCAAAGACUCGGGAAUAAAGGAAGAAAUGUGACAAAUGUGCACCUACAUGGUCGGGCGAGUGGGCAAAGAAUAGAAGGUGGAUGAUGGUGUUAUUUAAGCUUCUUAGAUGUCAGUAAAAGGGGAUUUACUGUCUGCACCAACUCUCACUGCUUCAGGUCGGGGGCAGAUGAUGCUGUCGAAGGUGUUCUGAUUGGAGAAUUAAAUCUUCUAUUCCUUAUUCCCCACUUCCUUACUACCUCACCCUCUUCAAACACUACAUGGCACAGCUAAGGGUUGACAGAGCCAUCAGCUACCCCCCUGAGUUUAUAUAUUCGCAGUCACACUAGAGAGCUUCUUCAAAAAUAUGUGGUGAAAUUUCAGCCGUAAAUACAUAUAUGUUAAAACUGAGCAGAAGACAAAAGCAAAGUGAAAUGCUGGAUUUGCAUAUAUUCAGGACAUCCUCUCUGACUGCUGUUCUGUCAAUUUAAAGAGUAAUUAAUGCCUUUUAGGUCAAGAUCGAUCUCAAGUGAAGUCUCUAGAGACGCCCAAGGGAACCUUUAAAGUAGGGGGACGCAUUGGAUUUCUGUGAAACAACAACAGCAAAAGUAUUAUUCUACUAGUAUGCUAAAGAAGCCAUGAGAGAGAGAAAGAACAGCUGCAAUUGGAGAAAGCACUGUUGUAACUUCUACCUUUAAGCAUUUUAUGACAAUCACAUGACAGAUGUCUGUCUCUGUAAUAUUUAAGCCAGGUUUUGCUUUGCACUGCUGGGACAGUGCAGUUCGCCACAUUAUCUCACACAAAAUGAAGGGGAUGCGACCCUCAUCUUGGUACUUAAGACAGUGGCAUUGUGGGAUUGUGCAAUAAUGUCUUUCCCAUUGUUCUCAGUACGUCGGGCCUCCGUCGCCGUACGGUUAAUAUUCUCAUAAGCACUCCAGCACAGUUAAUCUCGCAGCACAGCGGAUAUUAUUUACCAAAUACACAAGCCAACGUCUUUCGCAAACGAGCUGAAAACGGCCGAAUAGAUUGUAACAAAGUGCAAUACUUUGUGCGUCGAAGCCUGAGAAUGUUAGACAUGCUGAUUCAGUGUAUUUUAGUAACUUUUGCGGGCUUCAAAAAAAUCUGUCCAGGGGGCAGAACUUAUGAUCUGCACUUACAUUUCCAUUUAGAGUCACUCAGGGAGAUAGCUGGGCUCUCUGUCCUACAAGUGUCUGCAGUCAGUCUGGCUAGCAAGACACCUUGCACCAACAUAGAAGACCUUUAAACCUUGAUCACUGUGUACAGUACAUGUUCUUGUGAAUGUUUGAUUACAGAACUAUCAAAGAUUUUACCCCUGUCUGAUAUCAUUAUUGCAAGACUUUUUCUGAGUUUGAGUCAUAGAUUAAAUAGGAUAUUAAAAAAAAAAAAAAAUAUAUAUAUAUAUAUAUAUAUAUAUAUAUAAAAAAGAUGGAUUAUAAUCUCUGAAUUUUGUGUUGGUUUUGUUGUGAUCUUUUUGUUUCUUAAUUUUUAUCCUUUUAUGUACUGUUUAUUUUUUUUCUCAUCAGUUUAGUGUCCUUUUUUUUGUUUUGGAGAGAUGUAAUUCUAUUUUUUUUAAAAAGAGCGUUUUUAAAGAUGUCUCCCUAAAAAGUUUCUCUUUUUGUCAUGAUCCUUCUGUUUAUGAUAUUUUCACUCUAUUUUAAGAUUAUUAUAAUUAAAUCAAUAUAGAUUUUAAUAUGAAAUAAUUUAUGGUAUGUCAUGGAUAUGAAGCCCAAGAGGUUUUAACACAGUAAAGUGUUAUUGCACAAUGGUGAUACUAUAUGUGGAUUUAAGAAUGUAAUAAAAGUCUUUUUACAAUUAAA